AUGUUGAAAACACGUAUACAUAAGGAACAGACCUUCAGAGCCAGAGACGCCACAUUCGAAAAGCUAAUGGAGAAAUACAAGAACCUCCUCAAAGUAAUCUCCAUACAAGAUCUAAUCCUCGCCUCCCAAUCUACUCCACCUUCCAUCUCCAUCGACUUCCUCCAACGCCUCUCUCAGAAACUCCACCUCAACCGCGGCCCCUCCGCCUUCCUCCGCACCUACCCUCACAUCUUCCACAUUUUCACCCACCCCGUUAACCUCCAACCCUACUGCACACUCACACCCGCCGCUCGCCUAAUCGUCCGCCAAGAAUCCGACGCCUUAAACAAAUCCACGCCCCUCGCAGUAACCCGAUUGGUCAAGUUCCUAUCGAUGUCCCUCACCAAAAAGCUGCCCCUUCGUGCCAUUUUCAAGGUCUGGAGAGAAUUGGGUCUGCCCGAUAACUUCGAGGACUCCGUUAUUUCGAGGAACCCCGACAUUUUCUCGCUCCGAGAUGGAAACGAGCCCAACACUCAUUACUUAUUGCUCGGCGAUACUGAACCGUUUAAAGAUUGCCUGGUUCCCGUUGUUGAGAAUUGGAGGGUCCUCGAAUGCUGUAACGGAGAGUGCACCGUUGAUAGGACCGAGCUACAGUACAGCUUCAAACACGGAUUAAUGAAUCUUCAUUAGAUAAACACCUAGAGUUUUGA